CAGAAACACACGUCGUGUUCAGGCAAAAUCCAUGUGCCCACAUGGAUGAUAGAGAUGGAGAAGAUAGAGAGAGAUAAUAAGAGAAAGAGUGUGCGCGCGCGCCUGUGUUGCAGAUGUAGCUGCAGCAGCAGGAGUAAAAGGGAGGGAGUACUUGCAAAACCCAAUCUUCAUCCUCAUAAUUAUAGUAAUAACCAUCAUCAUCAUCAUCAUCAACAAUCUGUUGCAGUAUCAGCAGUACGCAAAACACUUGCACACACACCAACACAGCGAGAGAGGCACGCGCAAGCGUUACACUCCCCACACACCCACCUGCAUUAAAACUCUGCUCUCUCUCUCCUCUUCGACAUUACCAGAGAGGGAGAGAGAAGGGUUGCGGAGGGGCGAAGAUGAAGGAGAAGGGAGAGAGCGGAGGAGGGUACGUGAGAGCAGAUCAGAUAGAUCUGAAGAGCCUGGACGAGCAACUCCAGAGGCAUCUGAGCAGAGCAUGGACAACGGAGAAGAACAAGAACGCCGAUACCAACAGCACCAACAGCGACGGCAAGCAAGAAAACGAUGCGUUGGCGACGAGGCCCGCGAACGGCAGCGGCGGUAGUCGCGCCGCGACCAGACAGGAGUGGGAGAUUGACCCGUCCAAGCUCGUAAUCAAGAGCGUCAUCGCUCGCGGCACUUUCGGCACUGUUCAUCGUGGCAUUUACGAAGGCCAAGACGUCGCUGUCAAACUUCUUGACGUGGGGGAAGAGGGACACAGAUCAGAGGCUGAAAUAGCUUCCCUUAGAGCGGCAUUUACACAAGAAGUUGCUGUUUGGCACAAGCUGGAGCAUCCAAAUGUGACUAAGUUCAUAGGGGCGACCAUGGGCACAUCAGAUUUACAUAUACAAACUGAGCAUGGUCAUAUUGGCAUGCCAAGUAACAUUUGCUGUGUGGUUGUGGAGUAUUGCCCUGGCGGUGCUCUAAAAUCUUAUCUCAUCAAGAACCGAAGGAGGAAACUGGCUUUCAAAGUAGUCAUCCAACUGGCUCUUGAUCUUGCACGAGGGUUGAGCUAUCUGCACUCCAAGAAAAUUGUGCACAGAGACGUUAAGACUGAAAACAUGCUAUUGGACAAGACGCGCACUGUUAAAAUAGCGGAUUUUGGAGUUGCUCGGGUUGAGGCUUCCAAUCCUCAUGACAUGACUGGUGAGACGGGAACUCUUGGUUACAUGGCUCCAGAGGUCCUCAAUGGUAACCCUUAUAACCGAAAGUGUGAUGUAUAUAGCUUCGGUAUUUGCUUGUGGGAAAUAUACUGUUGUGAUAUGCCAUACCCUGAUCUCAGCUUCUCCGAAGUGACGUCAGCUGUUGUCCGUCAGAAUUUGAGGCCAGAGAUCCCCCGAUGUUGUCCGAGCUCGCUUGCGAAUGUCAUGAAACGCUGCUGGGAUGCGAAUCCUGACAAGAGACCCAAAAUGGAUGAGGUGGUAGCCAUGUUGGAGGCUAUCGACACCUCGAAAGGAGGAGGUAUGAUCCCUCUCGAUCAGCCACAGGGUUGCUUCUGUUUCCGCGGAUACCGAGGUCCUUGAAUGGUGGGUGCAGCCAUGUCUAGUUAAGGGACAGUGGAGGAUCUGAGAAGAACAUCUGGAAUUGAUCUGUAUGUAAUACAAUUAAAGAGGGUGGAGUGCAUGGGCUGAGGGCAUUUGGUUGGAGGCUUAGAUAUCAAGUUCUUAUGUUUCUCUUUCUUUUUCUUCUUUGGUUAAUUUUGUUUAAGUAAGUCAAGAGUCCUAUGUUUUUCUUUGUGAUGGAUCCUGUAAAGCUUGAUCUGCUCUUCCUCACUGUCACUUUCCAUUGGAGGAGGAAACUGACAGUAAAUAUUGUUAUGGGCAAUAAAGAAAACAUUUAUUGACCCAACAA